AUGGGUUCGACAUUAGUUGAAACAAUUAAUAUCAAUGCCAAAGAUUUCACCGAGCAUUUUUUAACAUGUUCAACUUGUAUUAAUCAAUUCUCGUCGAAUUCGAACGAACAUCAACCGAAAUUAUUACCGUGUUCACACACUGUCUGUCGACAAUGUUUAGAACGAAUUGUCAAUUCUCAACCAAGAUCCGAUGCAAUCAAAUGUCCCAUUUGUCGCGAACAUAUUCUCCUACCUAGAGGUGGCGUCACAUCUUUUCCGCCAUCAUUCAUUGUCAAUCAGUUGCUCGAUCUGUUAGUCCGCUUACGACGUGAUGUCAUUCCAAAGUGCAGUUAUCAUACCAAUGAAGAAUUACUGUUCUGCGAAACAUGCGAUAAAAUUUUCUGUCAAUUAUGUGAUCAACAUCAGAUCUCAGCUGAACAUACAGUCGUGCCAUUUUCCUUGGCAAUCAAACGCAUGAAUGAAAUCUUGUUUUUCAAAGCAUCUAAAACUCUUAGCUGUUUGGAUAACGCACUCGAAGCAGUGAACAAUGAAAUCACACGACUUGAUUGUAGUAUGGACAAAGCUGCCGAGGCGAUCAAUCGAUCGUUCACGGAAAUAAAAAGUUAUGUCGAUAAUCGUCAAAAUAAUCUCUUGCAAUCAUUGAAAACGACUCGUGAUUAUAAAUUAAAGGUACUCAACGAUCAGUUAAACGUCAUUUUAAACGAGAAAACUAAAAUCGAACAAGAAUGUGCUCUUUUUCAACAAGCAUCCGAUAUUCAUAUUCUCACCCAACGUAUUCAAGAACUGAACGAUCGAAUCGAACGAAUGUCUCUCUUGGGCGAACCACGUGAAAACUCUUUUAUGAAAUUCGAAUUUCGACAUAACCAAGCUUUACAAGAUCUGGCACGUUCAUUGAAUAGUAUUGGUCGUAUACGCGUGUCAUCAACAUAUCCACCACUAUGCCGAGCAAAGAUUGAGCCAGCAGUAGCUAAUCUUCAAUGUGCCAUACACAUUGAAACAGUUGAUUAUAAUGGCAAUGCACGCAUCGAUGGUGGUGAUCCAUUGACAGUUAAUGUUUGGGAUCCGUAUGGUAAAUUAUGUGAAUAUAAUUUUCAUGAUAAACAAAAUGGUAUUUAUACGGUUAUUUUUCGACCGUUGAUUAGUGGAAAUCAUAAGAUUGAUAUAAGAAUAUUUGAUCGACCGAUAGCAGGUUCGCCAUUUAUUGUUGAUGUCACGAAACACAAUAAUCCAUUGUGGUCAUUUGGUAAAUGUGGUCGUGCUGAAAAUGAAUUAUCUAUGCCGGUGAAAGUGAUUGUGGAUGAUAGUACUGAACGAGAACAAGUAUACGUACUCGAUCCAGGAAAUAGUCGAAUAAAAUGUCUAUCAUCAGAAGGAAAAUUUAUCAAUCAUCUUGCAACUGAUACACUUCUAGAAACGACCAGCACUGGUCUUGCUUAUCGUUCUUCCACCUCAAUAUUUUACUUACUAGACUGGAAAAGUAAAUUGAUAACUGAAUUUUCCAUAGUCAACUCUGAUCCAUCAUCAUCAUCAUCGCCAUCAAUUCCGAAUAGUCAGAUUAAUAUCCAUAAUCAAAUCACAUGCUCAUCUUUUGAUGAACCUGUUCAAAUUGCUCUAUUCGAACAUCAUCCAAAUUCUUUACUUAUCUAUGACAAUAACACAUUCUUCAUUGUUGACAAUCGUACUGGUGAUCUAAUUAAUAAAAUUGAUUUACGUUCAUAUGGGAUUAAAACUGUCAAAGGCUUUACUAUUGGCUUACAAGAUGAAAUUAUUGUCGGUGAUCAUCGCAUACAUAUUUUAUCUUACGAAGGCAAAUAUCUACGUCAAAUAACAUCGUUAACCCCCCAACAGAUCGUUGAUGUUGAUGUUCAUAUUGCCUAUCAACCGCCUGAUUUAAUUUCAUCUCAUCAUAGACAAUUACAAACAUCGGUAUCACUUCCCGUACAUUCGAAGCCUAUGCCUGCGUUGACAUCGAAAGGAGGCUUUUAUACGGCAUUAUGCGUGGAUAAGAAUGGCCUUCUUUUAGCUGGAAAAUGCGAAAAAGAUGGUACUGCUCGUAUUGAGAUUUAUGAUAGUCAUGGUCAUUUAUUACGUAUUAUUGAUUCUCAUUCUCAUCGAUUACGACGUCCAUGUUCAUUGGCAACAACAAGUGACGGAUGCGUGCUUUGUGUUGAUUUAACAACAGAUUCAAUACGAAAAUAUCGCUACACUUAA